AUGGUAUUCAGUUCACGCAGCGAUGUGCAAAGCAAAGAAGAGCAGGUGUCGAAAAUGUUGAUUUUUGGCUCCUGGCGUCUAACGCAGGACAUUUGCAAUUUGAGCACGCUCUGCAGCAAUUACAAGAAACUCUCACCGACCGUUGAGUUUUCGCCCUUGCAACAACAACCAAUAAACAACAUUGCUGACGAAGAGGACGGCACACAUGAAAGAGUAGCAGAAUAUGAUGCGGAUAGCAUUUUGAAUUUGCUGAAAAUGUGGCAGACAGAGGGCCAAUUCAAGCAUUUUAAAAUCCAUAACUUUCUCAGUACGAUUAUAAAAACUCAAGAGAGUAUGUCAGAGCAAAAGCAGGACAACAACAAUAAUGAACGGCUACGUAUAUACGCCAAUCAAUUGGAGAAUGUAUUGUCGGUACUGCAGGCAUUGGAGCAAUCAACGAUAAAUUAUCCGGAUUUACAAAAGCUACGCUAUGAUAUUGAGAUAGUUAAGACGAAUGCAAAUUGGGCAAAUAUAAUUGCGGAUCGAGCUGAUGUGAAGAGCAAUAAUGAAAUGCUGUCGACAGCAGACUGUAAUACCAACAACGAGGAUGUAAAUGCCAAUGCGGCAAUUGGAGAGAAGGAAGUCAAUUGAUAUAUUACCAAAUAGCUUAACACAUUGGAAUACGAUGAAUGCAAUAGGAACUAGAAACAGUCAAAUAAUGUUGUCUAGAUGAGACUACAGAAAGAGAAAUUCGCGCCACACCAUCCAAAAAAAUGUCCAUUUACAUUUAUUAACUACUUAGCAUAACUUUGAUUAAUGCAAAUUAGAAAUUAAGUUGUGUAGUGCUGGGAUGCUAAAUAAGCCAAUAGUUUUGGUAGCUUAAAUUCAAAUUGCAGUCGAAAGUUGUUUGCUUGACUUGUUCAAGAAGCUUCAAUAGUUGUUUAGAGCAAAUAUGAACAAGCGAAUUUACGUAUUUAUGAGUAUUUUCGAGGAACUCAAAUAUUGUGAAAUACUGUUAUUGAAAAGUGGGAAACUGCUGAAAUGCAAUUUUUUUAUUUUACGGAAAACAACAAAAUUAAAAAAGAAAAGAAAAUGUAAAAGCUGUUUCGCAGGUUUUUAAAAAUAUUCUAAAAAGUUGUUAGUUGUGACUUUGCACCGAAAUAUGUACAUAAGUAUGUUCCGUGAACAAGUUUCUAUGAACUUUCUCAAAACAAACAAAAUAUUGUGUUUUUUCAUAAAUUAUUACUAGAAUUCACCAAAGUUUCAAAGAGUAAAGCUUUUACUACAGAAAUUCGUUGGUAUCAAAAUGAUCAAAUAAACUGAAAAUUUCCUCGAAUCCGUUCGUUACAAUACACAAUAAUUAUAAUAAAGCGAUCGCAAAAAACAAGAAAAUUGCCAGUAAUCUACAAUUGAGAUUUUAGUGCAAGAGAAACGUCUCAUCGUCGAUGGGCUACAUCUUUUUAUUUUUUGAACAAAAACUUACUAAAAAUACCACUGAAAUAUUGGGUAUCCAUCAGUUUCAAAUACAGCGAACCUACAACUGUACGAGUAUGUCGCAAUCACGACUUCUUUGGAGUCCACUUCACCGUUUCGCUUGGCUAGGGAGAUAUUUCUCACUGAUUCGCUGCACGAAUUUGUAUAUAACUCGAAAAGUUAUGGAAAUCCCAAUAAGAAAUUUGCACAGAUUACUGAGCAUAGACUAAGUUUUAUUAAAAAAAGUAGAAAACAAUUCUGAACGAGUGCUUUUCAAAAAUUACCAAAAAACUGUAUCCCAAAAAAUUUCUAGCAAAAAAUGUUAUUAUUUUUUCAAAUACCUUAAAUUUUGUUACUUACAUUUGGUACAAAAACAUGAGUCCAAAAAAGAAUUAUGGUCCAAGUAAAAUCUUGAAAAACACGCCCACUCUCCAUGAAGACUUAAUAAAACUUGUCCAAGCUUCGUACGCAUUUACAUAGAUCCGACGUAAAUAUUGAGAUGUCAUAAAAGCCACACCCACUUCCUAUAUGUUAAGACUAAAUUUCCGUUCGUCCGUCUGUUGUUACAAGCAAUACCUCAAGGAAAAGUUGAGAUAUUUUUGUGAAGCUCGGCAAGUGCAUUGCCCCUGAUACAAAAUGAGUUUCUAUGGAGAUUUACGAAAUGGGUCAAUAAAUACGCCUAGUGUCCGUAUAACGGCAAUUUUUAGCUAGUGAAAAGUUUUAAGCUAAUGAAAAUUGCCUAAGUUGUGAUGGAAACUAACUUUAUAUGCCCGUGCAUAUUUUAAUAAAACGUAAUUUUUAGAAUAACAACAACUCAUGGACAAUGAAGAAUAAAAGCAUUUUUUCUAAUAUUUAUUGUAUCCAUGGCCAAAACAAAUUAUCUUCUUCUUCUUAAUUGGCGUGAUAACCGCUUACGCGAUUUUGGCCGAGUUUAACAAAACGCGCCAAGUGAAGCCAGGUCCUUCUCCACUUGAUCUUUCCAACGCAGAGGAGGCUUUCCUCUUCCUAUACUACCACCAGCUGGUACUGCAUCGCAUACUUUCAGAGCCGGAGCGUUUGUGUCCAUUCUGACGACAUGACCCAGCCAACAUAGCCGCUGGAUCUUUAUUCACUGCGCUAUGUCUAUGUCGUCGUAAAGCUCAUACAGCUCAAUGUUCCAUCACCUGCGAUAUUCGCCGUUGCCAACGUGCAAAGAUCCAAAAAUCUUGCGCAGAAUCUUUCUCUCAAACACUCCAAGCGUCGCUUCAUCGAAUGUUGUCAUCGCCCACGCUUCUUCGCCAUACGUUAGGAUGGGAAUGAUGAGAGCCUCGUAAAGUGUUAUUUUCGUUCCUCGAGAGAGGACUUUACUACUCAAUUGCCUACUUAGUCCAAAGUAGCACUUGUUGGCAAGAGAGAUUCUAGGUUGGAUUUCAAUGCUGACAUUGUUAUCGGUGUUAAUGCUGGUUCCUAAAUAAACACAGUCUUUUACAACCUCGAAAUUAUAACUGUCAACAGUGACGUGAGUGCCGAUACGCGAGUGCGCCGACUGUUUGUUUGAAGACAGGAGGGACUUCGUUUUGUCCUCGUUCACCACCAGACCUAUUCGCUUUGUCUCUUUAUCCAGUUUGAGGUUUGAGUUUUAUUAAGGAAGGCAGAACUAACAGCGCGGUUCUUAAGGUCGAUGAUGUCAAUAUCAUCGGCAUACGCCAACAAUUGUAGGCUCUAGCCGAAGGGUUGGUGCGCGACUAUCUUUCGGAAUUCAGAGAGAGCGUAGGUUCGAAUCUCGGUGAAACACCAAAAUGAAGGAAAAGUUUUUUCUAAUAGCGGUCGCCCCUCGGCUGGCAUUGGCAAACCUCCGAGUGUAUUUCUGUCAUGAAAAAGUUCCUCAUAAAAAAUAUCUGCCGUUCGGAGGCGGCUUAAAACUGUAGAUCCUUCCAUAUGUGGAACAACAUCAAGACGCACGCCACAAAUAGGAGGAGGAGCUCGGCCAAACACUCAAAAAGGGUGUACGCGUCAAUUAUAUAUAUUUAUAAAUAUGCACGGUAUAUAAAAUGCAGUAAUGACGAAUUAAGUACUCUCUUACUUGAGGAUCCAAGAAUCCUGCACCAGGAAUAUCCAAUUUUUACCAGUCUAGUAACGGACUUGUAGAACUUGUUUUCCCCUGUUGGUAAAUCACAUGAUAAUUAUUAUGAAUUUAAGGCACUAUAUUCAUUAUUGAAAUUCUAUACCUUUAAAGACACCUAUUAUUUAAUGCAAAAUGCCAAAGGAUUUAUUUAAUUUGAUCCCUAAUGUGAAAAUAUAUUUUUCUCUAAAAAAAUGCCAAUUUGAGUUAGAUCACGAUAUCGUGUUUCUAUAUUUGAAAUCUUGAUUUUAAACUCGAUGCGAAGUAUUAUAAAAUAUAUUGACAGGACUGCUUAUGAAUUAUUUAAACGUUUUCCUUUGUAUAAGAAUUUAGCAAGCAAAACGUAGCCAAUCCUUUUAAGUAUUAUUAUGCCAACUGGGUUAAUUUCAAAGUUAUAUUUAGCUUUAUAAGCGUCAACCUAAUUAUACAAAAUUAAUAUUUUAUCUAUUGCCAAACAUUUCCAAAUUGCAAAAUUGUUGAUAUUGAACUAUUUAUUAUUCGAUAAUAAAUAUAUAAUUAAGGUACGUAGUUGUGUACGAGUAUG